AUGGGGCAUCGACUACUGCUUAACGGCGUCUCAAAAGGCCGUUGGCGCCCCACCCGGGCUCAGCAUCUCGAUGAUCAGCCCAAGAGCACUGCAGUAUGCCCGCUCGCCCGCCGCCAAGACUCGCUCUUUCUUCGCUUCCCUGCCAAAAUGGAUCCCGAUCAUGCAAUCUUACGAGUCUGGCAAGGGAGCGUAUUUCGCCACUCCCGCAAUCCAGCUGAUCAACAGCCUGGACGUCGCUCUGAAGGAGCUGCUCGCCGACUCGCUCGAGACCCGCUGGGCCAAACACAAGGAAACAAGCGAUUGGCUCAAAAACAAGCUUGUCAACACCCUGAAGCUGAAACUGGUCACCAGCUACCCUUCGCAAGACGCAGCCCACGGACUGACCGCCUUCUACGUCGACGAGCCCGCGAAGCUCAUCUCCUACCUCAAGCAGAACGGUGUCGUCAUAGCAGGAGGCAUAUACAAGCCAAUUGCCUCCAAGUACGUGCGAAUCGGACACAUGGGAGAGUCAGCCUGCAACGAGCAGUUGCACCAUAUCUCAAGAUGCUACGAACUUAUCUGCUCCCAGCUAGGCUAGACUGCAACUACUGCCCAUUGGCUACGUCGCCAAGCAUUGAGCUGAAGCCAAAACAGGAGUCAAGACCCCCAGAGAAGUCACUAUUCAUGCCUGGAUUAAAAUUCCAGCUUAUUAGUGUUCAGUCCAAUAAAGCGAUAUUGAAAAAUUUUUCGAUGACUCGUAUGCCCACUAACAGAACAGGGAAUAACGACUGGCAUUGGCGAGAAUCGUAG